UCGUUGCGUGUGGAUGCGAUUAUUCGCUCUCUGUGAUACCAUAAAUUAACCGAAAAUCCCGUUCAACACCUACUCAUCUACGCCAAUUUGUUGUAUAUAUUGUGACCAGUAAUCAAAGAUUGUCACAAGAAUUCCAGCCGCUAAUUAAUAACUCACUUCAAACGCCUGACGUUAACAAAAAUCUGCUAAUUUUAGCGAAUUUUCCAAAUAUAAAAGGAGUAACCUUAAAUCUAAAACCCGUUUAAAGCCAAAAUGUCUUCGAAUCGUGCACCAAAGUCCGGUUUUGCUGCUGAGGCACAACGCAAAAUUAACUCCAAAUACAGCGAAGAGUUGGCACAAGAAUGUCUAGAAUGGAUCAAGAUUGUCACCGAAGAACCAAUCAACACAGCCGGUGAUAUGGAUAACUUCUUUGAAGUGCUGAAGGAUGGCGUUUUAUUGUGCAAAUUGGCCAACGCAUUGCAACCGGGCUCAAUCAAGAAAGUCAACGAAAGCAAAAUGGCCUUCAAGUGCAUGGAGAACAUUUCCGCUUUUUUGGCCUGUGCUAAGAACUUUGGCGUACCCACACAGGAGACAUUCCAGAGUGUUGAUCUUUGGGAACGACAAAACUUGAACUCUGUAGUCAUAUGCCUGCAAUCGUUAGGCCGCAAGGCACAGAACUUUGGCAAGCCAUCAAUUGGUCCCAAAGAGGCCGAUAAGAAUGUGCGCAACUUCUCCGAGGAACAAUUGCGUGCCGGUCAAAAUGUCAUCUCGCUGCAGUACGGCUCCAACAAGGGCGCCAAUCAGUCGGGCAUCAAUUUCGGCAACACUCGGCACAUGUAAAUGCUAUUUCUGCUGCGCAGCAAAUAGUAUAGCGGGUGUGCGUGCGCUUAUACCAAUUCCAUUGGUACUCACAUAGACGGGUGUGGUGUGGUGGCACGCAUCGUUAUAUAUUUAGCGGCAUUUUAAUAUUUAAGCAUUCCAUAAGUGUCCAAAUUUAUAAUAAAAAAAAGACGCAAAACCCCAACAAACAACAAAUGUAUUCAAAAUUUUGCAUUCCUUGUAUUUUUUUUUUUUGUAACUUUAUUGAACUUAUAUUGAACGUAUUCUAAGCUCUAUUGUAAACAACAACAAAGAAAAAUUGUAAACUUUUUUAUGAAAGAACAUAUAUUUGAUUUUGUAACUUGUAAACUCUUUAUGCUUAUAUUUAAUAAUACACUAUUUUCUAAUUUGUACUAAAUCGGCACUUACGAAUACAACAUAAAAUGGGAAAAUAAUACAUUGUACAAGAGGCGUGUAUGUAUGUAUGUACAUAACAUGUAAAUGCCUCGUUCGUGCCAUUAAGCAUUUAUAUUGAACGUAUUUAUUCUUCUACAUACAUAUAUGUACACAAAACGAAAUUCUCUCUAUAACUCUUUUACACAAAUGCAUAAAAUAAGAUGAAUAUACUAUAUUUUCUAAAAAAAAGAGAAAUUAUUUACAAUAAGAACUUUUUGGAAAAAUUGUAUGCCUUUAAAGUGUAAAACGCAAGAUAACAACCACCUGUAAAAUAACAAACAAAGAAAUGAAACAAAAGUGUCUUCUCCCAUUUAAUUACCGUUAAAGAUAAAUUAGAAAGUAUUUAUGAAUCAUAUACAAUAACAUACAUACGCAGUGAUGCAUAUUAGUAUACUGAUUUGAUCUGUUAAUUCAUGUUGAAAUAAAAUUUAUUACAUAAUAGUUA